GUUCAGCGUGCCCUUGAACACUUCCAGAGAUGGGGCAGCCACAGACGCUCUGUGCAACCUGUGUAUCAGUGCCUCUCUCCUCUCCCAGGGAAUUUCUUCCCAAUAUCCCGCCCGGGCAGAGGAGAGCGGGAAGGGGAGCGGGACGAGGGCGGCCCCGCGCUCCAUUGGCGGGCUGUGGCGGGCCUGCCGGGGCGGGGCCGGGCAGUGCCGGGCCGGGAUGGCGCGCACCAAGUGUUGGUCGCCCGCGCUCCCCGCAAGGCGCUGGGCUCCAGCAGCGGCAGCGUCAGCGCGGGGCCGCCGCUGCCCGGCCGGAGAGGGCUGACACAGCACUCCCCGCAGGUGACAGGCGCCCUGUGGGGCUGAACCGGGUCUGUGUGAGGCCGGUGCCCGCCUGGCAAAGGGGCAUCAGCGACUUCCUGAAGCUCCCAUCCAAGGAGAGCCGGGCACCCGAUGGAGACACGCCCGGGACCAGCAGCCUGGAAGCUCGGACCCUGCCACUGGAUCCUGCCGAAGAGGGGGAGUGCUCAGAGGAAGAGUAGAUGUGAUGUGACCUCAAUUUUCAUGUUAAAAUGCUCCUCCUACUCGAGCAGGGGUUUGUACAUUUGCAUAGUUCUUUACAGUUUUUUAUGGCUUCCUUUCAGCUUUUGUACAAGACUAAAAGUCUGAGAGAUGGCACGGACACUGGAGAAAUUAAUUAAUUUUUACUGUUUGGAACUUAAUCUUUACUUUUGGAACUUAAUGUUCAUUGUAAACCACAAAUUUUUAUCUUGGUUUGACGAGUUCCUCCUGCAUCUUGGGCAGCUUUUGUCUUUCAUCUUCUGCCUACCUUGUUUUUGUGCAAGACUUGCAUGAUCGUGGUUGUUCCGUUGCUGAAAAGCAGAUCCUCGUUUUUUAAAUAAACUGAAGCCUUCUGAGCACA